GACGCAUGCGCAUUGAAGAACCCGGAAGUGCAGUGCAAAAACAGAGCUGGUCGUUUUCAGGAGUUCCAGCUGAUUAAAAACGAUGCAGCUUCAUUUCACUAAAGAUGUGUUACCUGACUCUGUCAGCACAGACUUCCAGAACCUCAACAAGUUCAACGAGCAGCAAUUUCCCCGUCUAGUUGAAAUUCUGUUCCAGUUCUUGUUGGAGCCGAAAGAGACGGAGAGGUUCAUGCAGCAGCUCAGUGAGUUUGCAGGGGAACAUGGGAUGAGUGCCGGUCCUCUGAGGAACCUGAUGAAGAGCGUCCUCCUGGUGCCGCAGGGAGCCCUGAAGAAAAACCUGACAGCCGAGCAGAUCAAAGAAGACCUCGUGACUCUAGGGGUGAAUGAAGACAAGGCGGCUCACUUUUCAGAGCAGUGGGGGGAGCACUACGCCGCGCUGACCAGACUGGCUGUGGGACAGACUUUAAUGGUGAACCAGCUGGUGGACAUGGAGUGGAAGUUUGGAGUGACCGUGGGAACCAGUGAGGUGCAGAAAGUGGGGAACAUUUUCCUGCAGCUGAAGCUGGUGAUCAGGAAGGGGAACUCAACUGAGAACGUCUACAUGGAGCUGACGCUUCCUCAGUUUUACAACUUCCUACAUGAGAUGGAGCGAGCCAAGGCCAGCAUGGAGUGUUUCAGCUGAGUGUGUGUGUGUGCCCCUGUGUGUGUGUGUAAGAAUGUGUGUGUGAACAUGUCAGGAUGUAGCCCGAGGGUGUGUGUGAUAUGUAUUGAAUCAUUUAGAUGUGUGUGUGGUGCAUUCAGUGACUGAAGAAAAACACAAAAGAGAUUUUAUUUACUGCAUUGAAUUUGUACUGAAAUCAACAAAUAAAGAAAAAGAGGAUGAAUCAUGA